GCCCUUGAAUGCGAAGGAGAGACUAUACGGACCGGGUUCAAUUCCCUACCGUUUCAGGUACUUUUUUCGAAAUUUUCUGAGAACUGCAAAAAAAAAAAAAAUCGUCGAUACGUCGAAGGUGCGCGUGUGAAAAGAAGCUAUUUAAGGGGGAAAUUGAAAUUUCCGCUGCAGUCGGACACUCUACUCUUUAGCGGUUAAAAGGCGUUUCUUGAGAUCAUGACUUGGCCAACCAAUGAUGACGACUCCUCGUUGGAGGACUCGCCGCCUGCACAAAGUCAGCUAUUAACAGAUGAGAAGGAAGAACUGUCGUUGGAGCUGGAACAAUUCGAUGAUGAGCCAGAAAUGUGCAUUCCUCUCAGAAUGAUCCUUAUUCCAACGGAAGAAGAACUCAAUUCGUCGCAAAUUACUCCGUCUUCGUCGUUCAGAAAUUUUACCUUGCACGCAAAUAAUCAAGAUCUGAGACACUUGGACGACAUGGAACAGCCAACACCAUUCAAAUCCGAUUUCGACGCCGAUGAAAGUCGGGCUCAACUAGACGAAAACCAGGAACAACUUCCCACGGGGUUUGACACAGAGAAGCAAUCCAAUGAUCCCGAGUGGACUGCAGAUGAAGAUUUCAAUUAUUCGUUUGACAUGCCACAGUCACUUCCUUCUCCUCCUAAUUCACCAGAAUUUCAAAGGAAACGAUUACAGCCGCUCAACCGUUCAGAUAAGAAUCCACCAUCGGCGAAGCUGUGGUGAAGAAAUAAAACAGAAUGGAAAAAAACAAAUUAAAAGAUUUCCAACGUAAAACUUUAUUGCUGACUUUUAAAACUGCUUUUUCAUGCAGUUUAAUUUCGUUGAUUGUGAUUUUACGAAUAUACCGCGUUCCAGACAUGACUUUUAAAUGGUUUCCUUUUUUUAAAAUUUAUGUCUAUAAUGUUAUUUAUAUGCCUUUUGGAAAAUACACGGUGUUUAUUUUUUUUAAA